AUGCGUAUCCUUUGUCUCCACGGCAUGGGCACUAAUAGUAAGCCUCAGGUGUUCCAGAUGCAGACAACCGCUCUGAGACAUCAACUCGGUCAUCCACAAGCCCAUCAUUAUGAAUUUAUUGACGGCGGCGAGCCUUGCGACCUGGCGCCCGGCAUCGAGACCUUCAUCUCUGCUGAUGAGGCCCUCGCCUACUACGACCCAAAAUCAGCCCCCAGUAUCCUCAAUGCCAUUGAUGACCUCUCUUCCUGGCUCACCGAGAACGGGCCCUUUGAUGGCGUGAUGGGCUUUUCCCAAGGCGCUUCCCUCGCUGCCAUGGUCAUGGCCCGCGCCCGCUUCGCCAAUCCUCCACUCUUCUCCUUUGGCGUCUUCUUCUGCGCCGGCCUGCCAUACUGCGAGGACAGCCUGCGCGCCGGCGAGGUCAAGUUUCUGCGCGCCGCUGAUGGGGUUGGGCCCGUGAUUCAUGUGCCCACGGCGCACAUUGUCGGACGCGGAGAUCCGGAUGUCGCGCACGGCACGGGCCUAGCUGAGUUGUGCCAGGAGUGGGGGAGAGUUCUGCUUGAUCAUGGCGCGGGGCAUGAAAUUCCGCUGGCUCCUGUGGAGGUUACGAAGAACAUGGCGAGCGUGGUUGCGCAGGUCAUGCGCAAGUCUACCUUUGGACAGUGA